AUGGUUUCCACAACAAGCAAUUCCAAUUCGAAUCACGAAGAGAAUAAACAAACCCUAAACUCCAAAAACCCUAAAAAUGUCUACCAAAUCGGAGGUCUUCAAGUUGAAUUCCCUUACCAACCCUACGGAACCCAGCUCGCGUUCAUGAGCCGGGUCAUAUCCACGCUCUAUCGUGCUCAGAGAGACCGUCACUCCCACGCUCUGCUCGAGUCUCCCACCGAUACUCCUUCACUUACCAAUGACGAGAUUCCUACCAUAUUCUAUGCUUCACGAGCACAUGCUCAGAUCACUCAAGUCAUUCGUGAGUAUCGGAAAACUGGUUACAGAGUUCCCAUGGCUGGUUCACGGAAACGUUACUGCAUCAAUCGUUAUGUAAAAGGGAAAGAUAAUGUAGAUGAAAGAUGUCGACCCAAAUGUCUCGAGUACAAAUGUACCAAUUUUAUCAUAGCCCAUCCAUCAAUUCGAAAAGACGGUGACAAUGGUGGGGUUCAUGAUAUUGAAGAUCUUGUAAAAGUUGGAGAAACUGUUAGAGGCCGUCUACUAAACACUUUCACUUUCUACAGCAAUAUGGAAGACAUUGCUCGUGAAGCAGGAAGCAUUGACUUGGAAGAAGAGACGCUUUUGAAACUGCAGAUGGAACUAGAAGAGAUGAGUGAGGAGGAUGCAGUGACAUAUCAACCCUUGUGUACAGUAGUAGAUGGAUUGAUAAAAUGGAUUGGAAGAAGAAAGGAUUCGCUAUCAAAACGUGAUUCUGAACACUAUUUCUCUGGCUGGACUGGAGACAAAGCUUUAAGAGAGUUCGAGGAGUCUAAUAUCACUGAAGAAUCCUUGAAAUGCUUUGAGCAGGCGAUCUUACACUUAGAGGCAGCAGAAAUAGAUCCAGAUAUGCCUUAUUUGAGUGGGAUAUCUUUCAAGAUAGUACGAGAGCUGUUGGCUACAUUUACAUACUUCUUUUCGAGAAAUGGAAGUCACAUCCUCGAUUACCAACUGGUUUUACAACGCUCUAUUAAAAAAGGAGAUUCUUCUGGUAAAUGGACGCUUACUUUCAGUUUGUGGUGCAUGAAUCCAUCUGUUGUUUUCAAAGAGUUAGCUGAUCUUUCUUUAUCCAUCAUUUUAACAUCUGGGACUUUGUCACCGAUGAAUUCUUUCUCAUCUGAGCUUGGGAUGCAGUUUGGCACUUGUUUAGAGGCUCCACAUGUGAUUGAUGCCAAUCUUCAGGUGUGGGCUGGUGCAAUCUCCAAUGGUCCUGGUAAUUUUCCUCUAAAUGCAAGUUAUAAAACAGCGGAUGUAGAAACAUUCCAGGAUGCUAUAGGAAAAUCGUUGGAAGAAAUUUGCACUAUUGUACCAGGUGGCUCUCUCAUAUUCUUUCCAAGCUAUAACUUGAUGGAAAAACUCUGCACGCGUUGGCGUGAAACUGGACAAUGGUCUCGGCUCUGCUUGAAAAAGGAGAUUUUCAUUGUCGAACUAAAGAGGAAAUAUAAUGAUGCUUACAUAACAUCUAAAAACCUUCUUGGAGGAAGUGAGUGGUAUUGCCAACAGGCCUAUCGUGCUUUAAAUCAAGCCGCAGGGCGAUGUAUCCGGCAUAGGUUUGAUUAUGGUGCAAUCAUAUUCUUGGAUGAGCGAUACAGACAACAAAGGAACAGAGUGUCUAUUUCAAAGUGGCUAAGGCAGUCUAUCAAUCUGUAUGAUAAUUUUGAAGAAUCUAUGCAAGGCUUAAAAGCUUUUUUCAACACUGUCAAGGAGCGAGUUGACAUUAAGAAGUUAGAGUCCAGGGAAAACCAAAGCAAAGAAUGCAAAAGGAGUGAAAAUCAGAUGCAGAACAAAUCUAGUCAUGUGGAACCAAAAGAGGAUAUGGCAGGUAGGAAGGUGGACUAUAGAAGUUCAAUUCCAAGAUAUAAUUUUACGAACGAAAGCAAUGAUCAUAAUAAAGACAGGAAACCAAAUGUACAUGCUCAAACAUUCAUUCAAGUUAAAGAAGAAGCUAAAUGCUGCAAACAAGUCAUUGACAUUGAUUGCGAAGGGUGUUGUGAUGUGUCGUCAGUGACCAACUGUGAUGAAAGGUCUAGCUCAGAAAGAUCUCUGAGGUCUUCUGAUCAAUUCUUAAAGCGGCAUAUAUCUAGUCCAAACCUGAGAAGAUCUCCUCUUGGAGCUGAAUCGUCUGCAAUACUAACUCCAGAGAGAUAUUCCAUCGUUAAUUCGAGUCUAGAAGCAGAGUCAACUUUGAACAAAAGUGUUAAUUCUCAUGCCUUGAAGAGAAGAAAAUUUACUGGCUCUCCAGUCAUCAUUGACCUUGAAGAAGAAAACAGUGAUGCUCCUAGUACUAAACCUCCGGAUCACACGAGAAAAAUCGAAUUCGGGUUUGGGAGUAGCGAACCAAGAUCCAAAAACUACUACAAAGUAUCUUGUUCCCUCUGCAAAAACCCUUUAGGUCACCACUCAUAUCUCAACUGCAUGUUGACUUCGUCGUCCAAAAAGCAUUUGCUGUCUCUUCUGAAAGAAACAUCAUCAGGAGCUGGUUAUGCAGAAAUGUCAACAAGUGUUUCAGUUGUAAUGACAGAUUGCUCAUUGGUUCAUCAGAGACUCUGCGGAAGUUUGGAAGGCUCAAAAGGUGUUUGGUGCGAGGAAGAUGGAUGUGUUUUCAAUACUAUCUUCUGCCCUUUCUGCAGUAUCCCAAACACGUGUCUCGGUGUGAAAAUCAUGGCUACUGAUUCAUCAAAUGUCCAGUUUCAAAGCAAAAUUUUGUUCUUUGCUGAUCAAGUAGAUGUCACAGAAGAUGAUGCUGCAAGCAGCAAGAUUAAGGAAGAGGAGGCUGGAGAAGUACAAAAUCAAAGUUGCAACUUGCCAACAAGCAAGAAGGCCUAG